AUGUAUGGAUUUAAUACUACUGAAGCAAGGAAACCUUUAUGGCAGCAACUAAAGGCUGAUGCACCUCAGAACACUGAACCAUGGAUCAUCUGGGGGGAUUUUAACUCUGUCUUAACAAUUCAAGGCAGAAUUUGUGGGAAAAUAGUUACAAGUAAUGAAAUACAAGACUUCAAUGAAUGUAUGCAGACACUGAAUUUGAAUGAACUGGCUUGGAGAGGAGAUUACUAUACGUGGUCAAAUAAACAACAAGGAGUAGAUAUAGUAUAUAGCAGGAUUGAUAGAGUUUUAGGGAAUGAUAAAUGGAUUCAUGAUUAUGAACAUAUAGAAGUAGAAUAUAGACUUCCAUUCAUCUCAGAACACCCAAGCUUCAUGUCACUUGUGGAAGGAGUAUGGAAAGAACAAUAUGAUCAUGACCCUAUGAGGAAUAUAUGGCAGAAGUUGAAGAUUCUAAGAUCUUUGUUGAAGCUGCUCAACAAUAGUGAAUUCAAGGGCAUCACAGAUAAGCUGGAAUCAACAAGGAGUUUACUACAGGGUAUUCAAGCUCAAAUAUUAAAAGGAUAUUCAGACAAACUAGCUAAUGAGGAAAAACAAGCAUUAGAGAACUUGGAGAAAUAG